AUGACUAGUACGAACUCAAAACUGAUGCAGUAUGACCUGGCUCAACAGGAACAAUACACCGACUUGCUUCUAGAGUGCCGGGAUACCAAGUUCUCCGUCCAUCGAGUCAUCGUCUAUCCGCAGGUCCCAGCCAUCAAGGCUGCCUAUUAUUUUGAUGUACAACCGCUGCGGGACCUAGUCCACGUGAAAGCGAAUGAGGUUCUCGCAACGCCAUGGUCUCCAGCCGGGUUUGCAGAUGUCAUCGAUGUAGCAUUCCAAGUGAACGAUGAGACUCUACAUGAUCUGAUGGUCGCUACGGUCUUGGAUCAUCUGGAUGACUUCAUACAUCCCGAUGGGCCGAGCGAGCUCUUUUCAGAUGAGCUAUGUUACCGGGUGCUGCAAUCGCUGAAAGACGAUCUCAGAGUAGCACGUGAGAAGGAACAGGGCCUCGAUCUGCAACUCCUAACGGUGUCAUACUAA